GGCGGCUCCCAGGCGGCCGUGAGCGGGGCGGGGGGACGUUUCACCGCGACUUCUGCCCGGCCACGAUGGCGCUGAGGAGCCGGGGGCUGCUGCUGGGUGCCGCGGCCGGGAAACGCCAGGGAGCCGGAAAAGGGCUUCGUUUCAUAUCUGCUGUAGCCAGCUUCAGAACCGCUGAGGGUGAAGUGGACACGAAGGAAAAUGAGGUUGUUGCCCCAGAUUUCAUCAACCGAAAUCCUCGUAACUUGGAGCAGCUGGCACUAGCAAGGAAGGAACGGGGCUGGGAAACAACGUGGCCCAAGAGAGAGUAUUGGCAUAGACUACGACUUGAGCGGACACAGCACUAUGUGGAGGCCUUUGUUGAGCAUUGCAGUGGGAAUGUCGUUGUCUCAGCCUCCACCCGUGAGUGGGCCAUAAAGAGACAUCUGUACAGUCCCAAGGGAGUGGCGGCAUGUGAAAAUAUUGGGCGUGUGGUGGCACAACGCUGUCUGGAAGCAGGAAUCAACUUUGUAACCUUUAAAGCUGUUAUCCCGUGGGAAUAUCACUGUGACUCGAUCCAACGAUUUCAAAAGGCUGUGACAGAUGGUGGUGUUGUCGUGGGUGAGCCUCGAAGAAUCUAUCAAUAAGAUGAAGCUGGUGGGCGAAAUUUCUUAUAAAGGACUGUCCUGCUCUUAUACAGGAGUGGGCAAAGUAGUAAUUCAGGCCCAGAGCUGGGACAGUGUGGAGCAUAGCAUCUUAUUAUAAUAAAUAAGUGAUGCUGA